AUGCAAAUCAAGUCGAUCCCCAUGUGGGUGGGCAGUAGUAACAACUACGCCUACCUUGUUGUCGAUGACAAAUCCAAGGACGCCGUGAUCAUUGACCCGGCAAACCCUCCCGAGGUUGCCCCCGUCCUCAAGAAGGCCAUCGAUGCAGGCGAAAUCAACCUGACGGCGAUCGUGAACACGCAUCACCACUGGGACCAUGCCGGAGGCAACAAGAAGCUGCGAAGCGACCUCGGCACGCCAAAUCUCGAGAUUAUUGGCGGAAAGGACUGCGAGUCGGUCACCAAGACUCCUGCCGAUGGUGAGGGCUUCAAGAUCGGCAGCAUCUCCGUGAAGGGCCUGUAUACCCCUUGCCACACCCAGGACAGCAUCUGCUGGUACAUGCAGGACGGCGACGACAAGGUAGUCUUCACGGGUGAUACACUGUUCCAUGGCGCUAAGACCGAGGUCCGUCUAGGCUGUGGUCGCUUCUUUGAGGGUAACGCAGAAGAGAUGGACAAGGCUCUGAACAAGACGCUCGCAUCGUUGCCGGACGACACCCGCGUGUUUCCCGGGCACGAGUACACCAAGUCCAAUGUCAAGUUCGCCGUCUCUGUAUUGCAAAGCGAACCUGUCAAGAAAUUGGAGGCCUUCGCCGAGAGUAACAAGGAGACGCAAGGAAAGUUUACUAUCGGAGACGAGAAGAAACACAAUGUCUUCAUGCGGCUAGACGACCCUGUGAUCCAGAAGGCUACGGGCAAGACUGACAAGGUGGAAGUCAUGGCGGCGCUUCGCGAGAUGAAGAACAACUUCAAGUGA